GUCCAGCCAAUGAUAUCUCGGCACAUCAGAUCUCGCUUGGACUCAAACGUACCGAAACCGAAAACCGUCCAGGUUCAACGAACCUGAAAGAGCCGCCCUUUCUCACCCCCCUGUGGCCAUUUUCAAGCUUUCUCUUUGCAUUUUCUCAUCCUUUUAUAAAUACCCACAUCACACAAACACACUUUUCACAAUCAAACACCCAAAAUCAAAGCAAUUUCUAGAGAAAGAGCUUGAGAAAUCUGUAAUGGCUUUGGCUGUUUCGUCUUCCAGUUCGAUUUCUUCUCGAUUCAGUGCUUCCCAUGAACAACCCAAAGCUCCAAUGGUGGGUUCUUUUCAGCCGUUGGAUCGCCCUCAUCGUCGACCGAUGACGGGCUUGAAUUAUUCUCGGAGACAGUGUUCUGUGAAGCCAUUGAAUGCUGAACCCAAACGGAAUGAGUCCAUUGUCCCUCUUGCUGCAACCAUGGUUGCUCCUGAGGUGGUAGAGGAAGUAGUGGUGGAAGACUAUGAGCAACUGGCUAAGGAGCUUGAAAAUGCUUCACCUCUUGAAAUUAUGGAUAAAGCCCUUGAGAAAUUCGGCAAUGACAUUGCAAUUGCUUUCAGUGGUGCUGAAGAUGUUGCUUUGAUUGAGUAUGCACAUUUAACUGGUCGACCAUUUAGAGUAUUCAGCCUUGACACUGGGAGGCUAAAUCCUGAAACAUAUAAAUUCUUCGACACAGUUGAGAAGCAGUAUGGCAUUCGCAUUGAGUAUAUGUUUCCCGAUGCUGUUGAAGUUCAGGGUUUAGUAAGGAGCAAGGGAUUGUUCUCAUUCUACGAGGAUGGACACCAAGAGUGUUGUCGGGUGAGGAAGGUGAGACCCUUGAGGAGGGCUCUAAAGGGGUUACGUGCCUGGAUCACCGGGCAAAGGAAAGAUCAAUCCCCGGGCACUAGAUCUGAAAUUCCCGUAGUCCAAGUCGACCCUUCUUUUGAGGGAAUGGAAGGUGGGAUUGGUAGCUUGGUGAAGUGGAACCCAAUGGCAAAUGUCGAGGGCCAUGAUGUUUGGAACUUUCUUCGAGCCAUGAAUGUGCCCGUUAAUUCAUUGCACUCACAAGGGUACAUAUCAAUUGGGUGUGAGCCAUGCACAAGGCCGGUCCUACCUGGGCAACAUGAGAGAGAAGGAAGGUGGUGGUGGGAGGACUCGAAAGCAAAGGAAUGUGGCCUCCACAAAGGAAACAUUAAGGAGGAAAAUGUAGGAAAACUCAAUGGCAAUGGAAAUGGAGCUGGCCAGGCCAACGGGACAGCAACAAUUCCCGACAUAUUUGAUAACCAGAGUGUUGUGAACUUGAGCAGGACCGGAAUAGAGAAUUUGUUGAAAUUAGAGGACCGGAGAGAGCCUUGGCUUGUCGUUCUAUAUGCCCCUUGGUGCCAAUUUUGCCAGGGCAUGGAAGGUUCAUAUGUUGAAUUGGCUGAGAAGCUGGCAGGGACCGGUGUGAAGGUGGGAAAAUUCAAUGCAGAUGGUGAGCAGAAGACGUUUGCACAGCAAGAAUUGCAAUUAGGGAGCUUUCCCACAAUAAUUUUCUUCCCCAAACACUCUUCUCGGCCCAUUAAGUACCCCUCGGAGAAGAGGGAUGUUGAUUCCUUGAUGACUUUUGUGAAUGCUCUCCGAUGAUAAUAAACAAGGUCGCAUUAAUGCAAGAGACUUUAACUCUUUAGAGAAGUGAAGUCCAAGGUUCUCCUUCGGUCUACUACGUUUAACUUAGCAAAAGCAGACUUGGAAAUAUGAUCCACAAAAAAAAAUAAAAUAAAAAAAA